AUGAUGCUGCUGCUGUCCGGGGCCUGGUCGUUGGGCGGGGGGUCGUCGCCCGUGCCCCCGGGCGGGGGGUCGGAGGGCCCGGACGGGCUGUUCGCGUCGGGCGUGGCGGCCUACGCGCGGCGGGACUGGGCCUCGGUGGUGCUCUACAUGGAGCGGGCGCUGCGCUCCCGGGCCGGGCAACGGGCCCUCCGCCUCGGCUGCCGGGGGGCCUGCGCCAAACGCCACCCCUGGCCUCCCCCAGGCCCCCCGAGCCCCGAUCCCCCAGGCCCCCCUGACCCCCCGGGCCCAGAGCCGCCGGUCCUGCGGGACCUAAAGGUUUUCGGGCAAGUCUUGCGGCGGGCCGCCUGCCUCCGCCGGUGCCUAGGCCCCGCCGCCGCCGCCGCUCACACCCUGAGCGAAGAGCUGGACCUCGAGUUCCGAAAGAGGAGCCCCUACAACUAUCUGCAAGUGGCCUACUUCAAGAUAAACAAGCUGUCCCGGGCGGUAGCGGCGGCAUAUACCUUCUUCGUGGGGAACCCUGAGCACGCGGAGAUGCGCCAAAAUCUUGACUAUUACCGGACGAUGGCCGGAGUAGAAGAGAAAGACUUCAGGGACCUUGAAGCCAAACCCCAUAUGCACGAAUUCCGGCUGGGUGUGCGCUUCUAUUCGGAGGAGCAGCCCGCGGAGGCCAUUCCCCAUUUGGAGGCCGCCCUGGGAGACUACUACGUGGCCGACGACGAGUGCCGGACUCUGUGCGAAGGGCCCUACGACUACGAAGGGUACAACUACCUGGACUACAACGCCGACCUCUUCCAAGCCGUCACAGAUCAUUACAUCCAGGUCCUGAACUGUAAGCAGAGCUGCGUCACAGAGCUCGCCUCUCAUCCCAGUCGAGAGAAGCCCUUUGAAGACUUCCUCCCAUCCCACUUCAACUAUCUGCAGUUUGCCUAUUACAACACCGGAAAUUACACCCAAGCCGUCGAAUGCGCCAAAACCUACCUGCUCUUCUUUCCCAACGAUGAGGUGAUGCGACAGAAUCUGGCCUAUUACACAGCUGUGCUUGGAGAAGAGCAGGCUGGGCCCAUUGAACCCCGGGAGAGGGCCCGGGCCUACAGAGAGCGCAGCCUGAUGGAGAAGGAGCUCCUUUUCUUCGCUUACGACGUCUUCGGGAUCCCUUUCGUGGACCCGGACACGUGGACUCCAGAAGAGGUGAUUCCGAAGCGACUGCAAGAGAAACAGAAGGUAGAGCGGGAGACAGCCGAGCGAAUCUCCCAGGAGAUCGGGAACCUCAUGAAGGAGAUCGAGACACUCGUGGAAGAAAAAAACAAGGAGUCGGUGGAUGUUAGCAUGCUGGUCAGAGAAGGUGGCCCCUUGCUGUACGAUGGGAUCAAAGUCACUAUGAACUCGAAGUCGCUGAACGGUUCCCAGCGGGUGGUGAUGGACGGAGUCAUCUCUGCCGAGGAAUGUCGGGAGCUGCAGAGGCUCACCAAUGCAGCCGCCACGGCCGGGGACGGCUAUCGGGGGCACACCUCCCCUCACACCCCCAGCGAGACGUUCUACGGGGUCACCGUCCUCAAAGCCCUCAAGCUGGGACAGGAGGGCAAGGUGCCCAUGCGGAGCGCCCGUCUGUACCACAACGUGACGGAGAAGGUGCGACGCGUCAUGGAGUCCUACUUCCGUCUGGACACCUCCCUCUACUUCUCCUACUCGCACCUGGUGUGCCGCACAGCCAUCGAAGAAGCCCAAGCGGAGCGGAAGGACGGCAGCCACCCGGUGCACGUGGACAACUGCAUCCUCAACGCCGAAGCCCUGCUGUGCGCGAAGGAGCCCCCAGCCUACACCUUCCGAGACUACAGUGCCAUCCUUUAUCUAAAUGGGGACUUCGAUGGAGGAAACUUUUAUUUCACUGAACUGGACGCCAAGACCGUGACGGCCGAAGUCCAGCCCCAGUGCGGGCGGGCGGUGGGCUUCAGCUCCGGGGAGGAGAACCCCCACGGGGUGAAGGCCGUGACCAGGGGCCAGCGCUGCGCCAUCGCGCUCUGGUUCACUCUGGACCCCCGUCACAGCGAGCGGGACCGGGUGCACGCCGACGACUUGGUGAAGAUGCUGUUCAGCCCGGAGGCGGAGGAGGCGGCGGGCCAAGGUGAGGCGGCCCCGCCGCAGUCUCGGGCCGGACCCCAGGCCGGGGACAAGGACGAGUUGUGAUGGCACCGGAGCGAGCGGCCCACCCCAGGACGCCCCACCACCGCCCGGAGCCUUGCGAGGACUCGCACCCGCGGCCGGGCCCCAGCCGGGCAGGAUACCACCCUCCCCCCUGCCCAAAUCCCACCCCCCGGCCACAUCUGCCAGCCUCAGUGGUCCCACCCGUCUUCGCGGGGGACUCAGGAAGGACAAUCUGGCAGGCCCGGGCCCGGGUUACAAGUCCGGAUGGAGCCCGGCCGGGGCGGUGGAGCCAACGGCCUACCCUCACUACAGAACAGUAUUGAAGUGCCUUAUGGAGACAGUCAAAGAAUAAAGAUUUUUUUUCUUUUAAUAA